AUGCUUCUCAAGGGGGCCACCCUGCAGGACGGUCGACCCAUUUCGGUCUUCCAGACAGGUUGGGCAGACAUUCACGUGCACGCCAGCACGUACUCCUCUAGCGGCAUCUGCGUGGAAAUCUGUCGACUGGCUGCCUCUGCGACAAUGCCAGGCUUACAAGUUGGACGGCGAAUUACAAUCCAGCCAGAUUUCGUCCUGGUCCGGAAUGAGGCAAGUCUCAGUAAUUUAG